UCACAACAUUAUUUGUGCGUAAUGGGUAAAUCUGCAUCGUCGGGAGGAGAUUUUUAGAUCUAACAGUCGGUGCACAUCGUUGGGAAGCUCCGGGAAACGCGUACGUUUCAUUAUGCUUCAGCUCAACGACGCAAUGGAGCCGGAGAGUCCGGGCGCUGCGGUUCUCCACCCUGCAGAAACCGAGGAGGGGGUCGAGGUUGCCUUCACGCCGCCCGAGGCCGGACGAAGCUUUGGACACGCUGCUUCCAUGGCCUGCUGUCCCCCGUUACAAACGCUGACGCCUUUUCAUGUGCAUAACCCCACCAUCCAAGCGAAAGUGAAGGACUACUUCGUGUUCAGACCAGGUACCAUUGAGCAGGCGGUGAGCGACAUCAGGACUGUGGCACUGCCGUCCGAGGAUGGAGAGGUGCUUAGUGUCUGGCUGCUGGCUGAAAUUGAUCACUGGAAUAACGAAAAGGAGAGACUUGUGCUGAUAACUGAUAGGUGAGUCAGAAUCAUACCUCAUCUUUAAGUGUACAUUGUUACACUAUUGAAUCUGAGUAGUUUCUACAACAUCGA